GAACCAGAUCGAGACCACCAGAGACCAGACCACUCGCACCGGUUCGUCGCUCCCCACCGCGGAAGCCCUCGCCUCCGUCGGCAAAACCCCAGGACGAAGGAAAGUGCGCGACGAGAGGAGAGCGAUUUCGCCGAUCUGCUCGGCAACUGCGAUGGCGGGCAGCAGCAGCCACCCGUCGCGGUACGUGAGGCUGACGAAGAAGAACACCCGCUCCGGCCCCGGCGACGACAUCCUCCCCGGCGAGCUCAACCAGCCCGUCUCCAUCCCGCAGCUGGAGCCGAAGAAGUGCGGCGAGUGCGGGCAGGUGCUGCCGGAGAGUCACCGGGCGGCGGCCGACGAGCCGUGGACCACUGGCAUCUUCGGGUGCGCCGAUGACCCCGAGAGUUGCUGGACUGGUCUAUUCUGCCCCUGUGUGUUGUUUGGACGAAAUGUUCAGGCUCUUAGAGAAGAUAUCCCAUGGACAACACCUUGCACUUGCCAUGCUGUCUGUGUUGAAGGUGGCAUUGCACUGGCGAUCCUUACGGCUAUAUUCCAUGCUGUUGACCCAGGAGCAUCAGUCCUGAUUGGUGAAGGCCUGAUGUUUAGUUGGUGGUUAUGUUCUACCUAUAACGGUAUUUUUCGUCAACAACUUCAGAAGAAGUAUCAUCUCAAGAACUCUCCAUGUGACCCUUGCCUUGUCCACUGCUGCUUGCACUGGUGCGCAAACUGCCAGGAGCAUCGUGAAAGGAGAGGUCGCCUCGCAGACAGCAGUGUUGUUCCAAUGACGAUCGUCAACCCACCAGCAGUGCAGGAGAUGAGCGCGGUUGAGAACCAGGCUUCCACAUCGGAGCACGGGGAACCAAAGACUGAGCAUGAUGAUGUGGAGGUCGUGCCUCUGUAGGAGAGAGAUAGCAUGGGAACUGAAAUUGGGCUCGAGUCAUCGCGCCAUUUAGCUCUCUCUAUAUAUACUGUCAAUACUGAUAGAACAUCGGACUGUGUUCUUCUGUCAGGAACAGUAUGGAAACCUUACAGCACAAAGAGCCUGAGUAUUUCCUUGACAUUGCUACCUGUGUAAGAGUGUUGCCCUUGAGCGUGGUUAACAGAAGAGAUAUGUGGGUAUGGUACAAUUAGUGUGCUCGGUUGUUCCA